CCGAGCUGAGGCGGGGGCUUGGCGGGCCGACCGUCCGCGGCAUGAGCGCUGCCGGCGCCCCGCGCACCGCGGCCGGGCUGGGGCUGUGAGGGCCGCGGUUCCGGACUGAAGUUGAGGCGUCUGGCCGGGCGCGUCGCCGGCUUCCAUGGAGCUGGAGGGGCAGUGGUGGCGAGGACAGCUGGCUGCGGAUAUUCACCAGGCGCUUCGGUACAAGGAGCUGAAGUUGCCUUCUUACAAGGGCCAGUCCCCUCAGCUGAGUCUCAGGCGAUACUUUGCGGAUUUGAUUGCCAUCGUGAGCAAUCGCUUCACUCUCUGCCCUUCCGCCCGACAUCUUGCUGUCUAUUUGCUGGACCUGUUCAUGGAUCGUUAUGACAUCUCUAUUCAGCAGCUGCAUUUAGUUGCACUUUCCUGUCUGCUUCUAGCAAGUAAAUUUGAAGAAAAAGAAGACAGUGUGCCUAAGCUGGAGCAGCUCAACAGCCUGGGGUGUAUGACUAAUAUGAAUCUAGUGCUAACAAAGCAGAAUUUGCUGCAUAUGGAACUGUUACUAUUAGAGACCUUUCAGUGGAACCUCUGCCUUCCUACAGCUGCCCAUUUCAUUGAGUAUUACCUCUCUGAAGCAGUGCAUGAGACAGAUCUUCAUGAUGGCUGGCCAAUGAUUUGCUUGGAAAAGACUAAACUCUACAUGGCCAAAUACGCAGAUUACUUCCUGGAAGUAUCUCUGCAAGAUUAUGCCUUUCUAAAUUAUGCACCUUCUUUAGUAGCUGCUGCAUGUGUGGCUUCUUCGAGGAUUAUCCUUCGUCUUUCUCCAACAUGGCCUACAAGACUGCAUCGUCUUACUGCUUACUCCUGGGAUUUCUUAGUGCAGUGUAUUGAACGACUGUUGGUUGCUCAUGAUAAUGAUGUGAAAGAAGCGAACAAACAGAGAGGACAGUCAGCUCCUCAGUCAGCACAGCUGGGUGUGUUCCAAACAGCUCAGCCCUCACGGCCAGUUCACUUCCAGCAGCCUCAGUAUCUUCAUCAGACCUCGAUGCAGUAUCGGCAUCCUGUGUCAGAACAACCAAGCCGCCAGCAGAUUGUGUCUACUACACACACCUCAUCUUACACCCUUCAGACUUGUCCUGCGAGCUUCCAAACUAGUGUUCAGAGCCUUGGCCACAUGCAGACUGGUGUUGGCAUGUCCCUGGCAAUACCAGUGGAAGUUAAACCCUGUCUCAGUGUUUCUUACAACCGGAGUUACCAGAUAAAUGAACAUUUCCCAUGUAUUACUCCAUGCUUUGAGAGGUGAUGACAUACAUAUCAUAGGUCUUAACCGACCAGACUGUUCUGAGAGGGAUAGCUCUGGGGCAAGCUCUUUGUACUCCUCUUCAAAAGGAAAGGAAAACAAAUAGUACCAGAAUGCAGCAGGCACCAGCACCAAGAGACUGAGUAUCCCUUCAGUACCUUGAAUACCUACGAGGACUUGGCAGAUACUAAUGUGUGUCAACCCCUGUGACUGAAAUGUUCCAGCCCUUAGCCAAUGGUCCAAAUAUUUCAAAAUGCUCAGUACAGCUGAAAAUUUGCCAUUCUGAGAUUUGAGCCAUGGUAGGCUUUGGGUCUUAUGCCGGCACAUACAUCAAAGACUUACUGUUUAUCUGUGGACUUGCCAAACCACCUUUUAUGAAGGAAAGUUAACAGUAUUAAUUUUUGAAGAAUUGUUUUAAUCUUUCAGCUCAGAGUCUUUUUGGCCUGCUGGUGGGUUUCUAAGUUCAAACUCACCAGUUGCCAAGUAUACUAAUCUGUGCAGUUAAAAAAAACACAGAUGAUUUUAUAUAACUUCCUAUCAUAAAUAAUAUACAUGUCUGGAUUUAUAUACUAAAAUUAGGGGCUAAACAGAUACAUACCUUGAAAUCAUGAUCAUAAUUUUUAUUUUACUCUGCUGGUUCUCCCCCCUAAGUGAUCAGCCCCUACUCUUCAGGAUUAAGCAUAUUUAACUCAGGGAACUUGUAGUACUUGGAAACACUUAGCUGUAACCAACAUGCUUUGGGAGUGUUAGGGUGUGAACCACCUGUGUACCAUAGGCUGCAGUGCGCCUGCUGGGAUGAGAAUCUAACGUAGCACAGGAUGAGUGAAGUGGGUCCUGUGGUGCUCAUGCGUGGACAGGUUGUGCGUCACCCAGUGCAGUCCGUGGUUUAUAUUCAGAUUAGUUGUCGCUCUUUAAUACCGUUUUCAGGAGAAGACAUACUGUAGAGUAUCAGUACUAGAGUGGAGUCUGGUAGGAUUAUUCUCAAAUUGAGGGUGGCCAGGGUAGUACUCAGGUUGGGCUAAUGCAGCACUUUGUUAUGGGGAGGGUAGUUCUCUAAGCAACCUUGGAAUCCAGCAAGUCAAGCUAAGCAAGCAGGGGUACUGAUUAUAAACUUUCAGUAGCCAUUUUCAUUGGAUGGGCUGUGCAAAUGCCCUGGGACAGUUCAUUAUAUUGGUAGUGAGUGAAAACAGCAAUAAUAGUCAUUAUAGCAAGGGCAACCUGGCCAUAAAAUAUUGGGGGCAGGGGAAACAGAUAAACUUAAAAAGUAAAAAAUAACUGAUAAACUGUGUACAUUGUGCUCUUAUCCAUGGAAGAAGAAAGACUUGGUGGAGGGAAACUUUGUGUUUUAAAAUUAGUAAGGUGUAUCUAUGUUUUUAUAAGAUAGCACUUGAAUAGAAGGGAAACUGUGGCAGAUGUGAGACUACCACAGUGUGUGUUGAUGAGAACUCACUAUAAAGAUGUGGGUAUGCAGCAGGAGUCUUAGUAUCCAGCCAAUGGCCUUUGUUGGGAAGAGGAGAGCUCCACAGCAUGAUGGACUGAUAGAGAUGGCUUUCCAGUGGGUAAGUGCAGGUGGGUAGCUUCUGCCAACAGGAAUUCUUAGAGAAAUGGCCCUUCCUUAAAAGGAGGCUAACUUUCAUAUUUCGAAUGCAGAACACAUAGUGUGGACUUACUGGUCUGGUGAUGAAAACCACUCAGGUAAGAUCUCAUGGCAGUUUUCAAGCAUGAAAACUGUCCUAUCGCUUUUCCUCUUUAAAAAGGCUGCUAAUUGGAUUUUAGAAUUCUUACCUUAAGAAAACUUGAAUUAUUAGGAGAAAGUAGGUUCAAAAGAUGACAACGUAUCUUUCAAAUUCACAGACAGAGCCCAGCAGUGUGGAGUCCAGUUUUCAGUAUUGUAACUACCUCAAGUAAUGCUAUGAAUGUAAGCUAUUGGGAUAGAAAUCCUAACUUGAAACAACAGCCAGUGCCUGUGGUAAUUUAAUGUCUUGUCAAAUGCUUUUAUUGAUUAGUUCUGUGUCAUUCUUGUUGUCGAAGAAUAUUUGCCUUUUUAAAAAGCUUAUUAACACUUUUUCCAGUUUAUAUUUAAAAAGCUAAAGAACACUGGAUUAAUCCUUUUGGGGGGGUAGAGUCAAAUAAUUGAUGAGUAUUGCUGCAUACCCAUGUGGGGGAGGCUGGAGAAUCAUGACUUUUUUAAAAAACAUUAGAAUUCAUUAUAAAUGUAACUCAACAACAGUUAGCUUGGGGGUUGGGGAGACUGUUGGGUUUUGUUUUGUUUAAUUUAUUAAUUAGUCUUAAGAAGUUUUUUGUUUUGUUUUGAGAUUACUGGACCAUCAUUAAAUGUGUACUGUGAAAAGAUUAAUGAUGUGUAAAAAGGACUUAACCAGAGUCCCUUAAAUAAACACUAUCAAGUACAAACUGCAAACCAAAAUAUCUGUGCUAUGACUAACUACACACAGUGAGUAUGGUGCUAAGUCUACACAGCAGGAUUAGAUGAGUGCUGUGCACUUGAUGUGAAAAUAAACGUAGUUUUCACUAAAA